UGUCUUAAAGCCCCUGACGAAGUGGGGUAUACGAAAACGCGCAACGUGGACGUGUUAGAGCAGCAGCUCUGCCGCUGGCGGCACGUUUGCGUUCUAAUUUUUCUGCCUCUUCAUUUUGCCCAGGUGGAUUGUUGUUGGCUUAGCUGGUACUGCUGUGCUAGAGUCGAAGGCAAACAGAAGAGCCACAAAUACAGCCACGGCUAGAGAUACAGAUACUGAUACAGAUACAGAUACAAUACAGCCAGAGAUACAGAUACAGCAUCAAAGACAUUGGUGAUCUGGCAGUGCCCCGCCGCUGCCAGUCUCUGACGUUCUCCUCGCCGCUCCGCUAGUCAACCGCUCCGCUGGUCUCACCUGCUGCCGACCUCUCAACUCCCGAUGUGCUUCACCAGCAGCCAGAGCACCAGUAAGAUGAACGGACGCUCCAUACGUAUCAAUCGGGUGCCAGCCACCAUUUUCGCCAUCCUGCUGACCAUUGUGCUGGUCUAUUUUCUGAACUUCCACCAGGAGGAGCGGCCGGCCAUCUAUGGCAAGCUGCGCAGCGACAAUCCCAACCGGGUGAACCUGCGCAAGAUGCUGAUCGCCGCCAUCCAGGCUUCGCAGCGCGGCGGUCUCGAGGUGCUCGACGUGGCCCGCUCCCGGCAGCUGAAAGAGCGGAGCAAGGGCCAAACGGACGAAGGCGUAAACGAUCCGUUUACCGAUGCCGACGGUCGUUCGCACUGCGUCAUGAAGCAGGGCCUGCAGCGCAUAUUUCCACGUGUCCGCAUAUUCUCAGAGGAGGACAAGGAGCACUGCAAAGAGUCGCACAGCUACGAUCUGGAUCCCACGGUCCUGCAUGAGACCGCCCAGGUGCCGGACGUGUCUGUCAAUGCCCAGGAUGUCACAGUCUGGGUGGAUCCUUUGGAUGCUACCAAGGAGUUUACUGAGGAGCUGUACGAGUAUGUCACCACCAUGGUGUGCGUGGCCGUGGCCGGUCGUCCCGUGAUUGGGGUUAUCCACAGCCCCUUUAAUGGCCAGACUGCAUGGGCCUGGGUGGGUAACUCCAUGUCCGAAUAUCUCGCAGGACUUCAUCCGCCGCAUGGCCAGGAGAAUGAGUUGCCCAUCAUCACCGUUUCGCGCUCGCACACCGCCGGUGCCAAGGAUCUAGCCCGCGGCAUCUUUGGGGAGCAGGUCAAUCUGCUGACGGCCGCCGGGGCCGGGUACAAGGUGCUCCAGGUGGUGGCUAACAAUGCGACCGCCUACCUGCACACCUCAAAGAUCAAGAAGUGGGAUAUCUGUGCCGGAGAUGCCAUACUGCACGCCCUGGGCGGCACCAUGACCACUCUCAACGACCAACUGAUCCGCUACGGCCCGGAUGAGUCGCCGGUUAACACGGAGGGACUGCUGGCCACUCUGGAGAAGCACGACAAGUACAUGGACCAGCUGGUCAAGUACCGCACUGCGCACAACGGCCAGCUAACGUAGUAGUUGUAGUUUCUAAAGACGGAGCCCUUUCCUAGCUCCUGCUCUUAGGCCAAUCUUCCAUGUGCUACUGCUCCAUGUGAUCCCGCUUCUGCACUGCUCAAGGUCGAGUCGUGUGUGCUCUUACUUCCAUUUCUCAAAGGCCGAACCCAUCGACCAUCGACCCUCGCAUCGAUCUGUUCAUUGCUUGGGCAGCAUAUACAGCAUACGAGAAUAGUUCUAAGUUCUACAAUAAAAACCUGUUUUUUUUUCGUAA